GGGCGCACGGGAGGAAGGAGGAAGCCGCCAUCUUGGAGCGUCGAGUCGCCAUAACAAGGCACCGGGGGAGCGAGAGGAUUUUGUACCUGGGCGAGGGGGAGCGCGGCUGGUGGCGAUUGAAGCAAGUGAAUUCUGAUAUAACUCAACUUCAAUAGAGGGCUUUUUUUAAAAAAAAGUUGUUCCACAGUGCAUCAGAGCAAGUUACUGCUUUACUUUUGAGUGACUUACAGGUGCUUGCCUGCAUUGCAAUAAAGGACUCAUAUAUUGAGCAAGACUUAUUUAUCUCUUCAUUUUGGAGAGUCUAAUAAACUGUUAUUACAGUUUCUGUACUGACUUUCAAAGUUUUGAAGUCUAAAAAGACAUCUUUAAAGAUAAAAGCAUGAGCACGGCCAGAACAGAGAACCCUGUUAUAAUGGGUCUAUCCAGUCAGAAUGGGCAGUUGAGAGGCCCUGUAAAACCCAGCGGGGGCCCAGGAGGUGGAGGCACACAAACUCAGCAACAGAUGAACCAGCUGAAAAAUGCCAACACAAUCAAUAAUGGCACUCAACAGCAAGCACAGAGUAUGACCACCGCUAUUAAACCUGGUGAUGACUGGAAGAAGACUUUAAAACUCCCUCCUAAGGAUUUGAGAAUCAAAACUUCGGACGUGACCUCCACAAAAGGAAAUGAGUUUGAAGAUUACUGUUUGAAACGGGAGUUGCUGAUGGGAAUUUUUGAAAUGGGCUGGGAAAAACCAUCUCCUAUUCAGGAGGAGAGCAUCCCCAUUGCUUUAUCUGGUAGGGAUAUCUUGGCUAGAGCAAAAAAUGGAACAGGCAAGAGUGGAGCCUACCUCAUUCCUUUACUUGAACGGCUAGACUUAAAGAAGGACAAUAUACAAGCAAUGGUGAUUGUUCCCACCCGUGAACUAGCCCUGCAGGUCAGUCAAAUCUGUAUCCAAGUCAGCAAACACAUGGGAGGUGCCAAAGUGAUGGCAACUACAGGAGGAACCAAUUUGCGAGAUGACAUAAUGAGACUUGAUGAUACAGUGCAUGUGGUGAUAGCUACCCCUGGGAGAAUUCUCGAUCUCAUCAAGAAAGGAGUAGCAAAAGUUGAGCAUGUCCAGAUGAUAGUAUUGGAUGAGGCAGAUAAGUUGCUAUCCCAAGAUUUUGUUCAAAUAAUGGAAGACAUUAUUCUCACGCUACCUAAAAACAGACAGAUUUUGCUCUACUCAGCCACUUUUCCUUUGAGUGUGCAGAAGUUCAUGAAUUCCCAUUUGCAGAAACCCUACGAGAUUAAUCUGAUGGAGGAGCUGACCUUGAAGGGAGUUACUCAGUACUAUGCUUAUGUCACUGAGCGUCAGAAAGUGCACUGCCUCAAUACACUCUUUUCCAGGCUCCAGAUUAACCAGUCGAUCAUUUUCUGCAACUCCUCUCAACGGGUUGAAUUGCUAGCCAAAAAGAUCUCCCAGCUGGGCUAUUCCUGCUUCUAUAUCCAUGCUAAAAUGAGGCAGGAGCAUCGCAAUCGUGUAUUCCAUGAUUUCCGAAAUGGCUUGUGCCGCAAUCUUGUUUGCACUGAUCUGUUUACCCGAGGUAUUGAUAUCCAGGCUGUGAAUGUGGUGAUAAACUUUGAUUUCCCAAAGCUGGCAGAAACUUAUCUCCAUCGAAUUGGCAGAUCAGGUCGCUUUGGUCAUCUUGGCCUGGCCAUCAACUUGAUCACCUAUGAUGAUCGAUUCAACCUGAAAAGUAUUGAAGAGCAGUUGGGAACUGAAAUUAAACCCAUACCAAGCAACAUUGACAAGAGCUUGUAUGUGGCAGAAUACCACAGUGAACCAGUAGAAGAUGAGAAACAGUAAACAUGUAGGCUUUGAUUACACAUGCCAGAAGGUGAAGCCCUAUGAUCCAGAUCUGUGACACAUCGUUUCUUUGGGGAUACCCUUCUCUUUGUGGGUUUUUCUUCAUCUUUUCAUUUUGGAACUAUGAAGACUAAAGAGCUCAGCCUUUUUUUCUCUUUAAAUUUGGCAGCAAGGAUGAAAGAAGAUAAAAGGAGGAAUGUCUUUUUGUUUUUCCACUUGUUUGCACUGUGUGCUGAUUGAACAUUAGUUGCACUAACUGCUGAUUUUAAAUUUUGUUUUCUUUGGGCGGGAGGGACAGCAAGGGAAGAAGAGAAACCCUGAAAAGAGAAGAAUCUUGAUGAACACGAGCUUGUCUGCUAUUUCAAAUUCUUUAACCAUUGACUGAGUGCAUUUCAACUUCUCCCUGGUUACUCAUCUGUUUUUUAAGCUAAAGAGCUUGUUACUUAUUCGUGCAAAGUGCCUUAUGCUAUGAGACCAUUCAGAAUAUCACCUUUCUGACACAGCCCAAGGAAUCAACAUAUGUUUUUGGUUUCAGGUCAAAGUUCCCCUCUCUUCCCCUUCUCCUCCUUCCCAUGUACUCAAGCCCAGGGCUGGGAGGUGAAAUAUAUUGAUUAUUGGUAAUACAACUUCUUUCAUCAA